AUGAAGGACCUUCCCGGCUCCGUUCCGGGAAAGCCGGUUCUGCCGUCUCUAUGGACUGAGAACCUGACCAUCGCAUUCUUAAAUCGCCUCCCUAGCCGCUACCAUGUUGGCCGAAGACGAGCUCGAUCCAAAUCCAAGACAAUGCACCCCGGCGCGGAAGACAUCACGGCCUUGCGAACGUCAUUCAAUUCUUGGGAUGGUUUGCGGGAUCUUCAAAGGCACAGGUGGAGAGCUUCGGACUUGCAAUACGUCUUCCUUGUCGGAUUGACGCUCUUCUCCCUUUGGAUUGCCCCUCCCGCUCCUACACUCAAGUUUCUUGCCUUGGUUGCUGCAUCUUGGAUUUUCCUCAUGCCCGCGACCCGACAGUUCUUUUUGCCAGCCGUGACGAUAUGGGUUUGGCUCGUCUACUUCUUCUGCAGUCGCUUCAUCCCUUACGAUUACAGGCCCCAUAUUUGGGUUCGAGUGCUGCCGGCCCUUGAGAACGUCUUAUACGGUGCCAAUUUGUCCAACAUCCUCUCUGCCCACAAGCACGCCAUCCUGGACAUUCUGGCCUGGCUCCCCUAUGGUAUCAUUCACUUUGGGGCCCCUGCCGUGUGCUCACUCCUCAUGUUCAUUUUUGCCGCUCCUGGAACGACUCCUGUGUUUGCCCGCACAUUUGGUUGGAUGAGCAUCCUUGGCGUAACUAUCCAACUAAUGUUCCCGUGCACACCUCCUUGGUACGAGAAUGAACAUGGCCUUGUCCCGGCGAUGUACGGCAUGGAGGGUUCUCCGGCUGGUCUUGCUCGCGUCGACAAAAUCUUCAAUAUCGACCUGUACACGACCAACUUCACCAACGCCCCCUUACCGUUUGGUGCGUUCCCGUCAUUGCAUGGAGGCUACGCUGUACUCGAAGCUCUCUUCAUGAGCCAUUGCUUUCCUCAGUUCCGGAUGUUCUUCGUCGGCUAUGUCGGGUGGAUCUGGUGGUCGACCAUGUAUCUCAGCCACCACUAUGCCAUAGAUCUUGUUGGCGGCGGUCUUAUCGCUGUAGGUUUUUUUUACUCCGUGCGGGCGCGCUACCUGCCUCAGCGCCAGGCCGACAAGAUCACCCGAUGGGAGUACGAGUAUGUCGAAAUCGGGGACCGCCACCGGCUCGCAGACGAGGAAUACGGACAUGAAUACUUCGGCCUCGGGUUGCUGGAACAAAGUCGAGAGACUUCAAGCGAUGGCUGGACGCUGGGGAGCAGCUCCAGCUGCAGCUCCAGCAGCGGCACACUGAGCCCAACCAUCUCAGAGGACACAGUUCCAGGGAUGAUGGUGAUGGACAUAUCGGCCAACGGUCAAAUAUGGGAUGGUAGUGCGCCGCCUCGAGACGUCGAAUUAAGCGAGGUUGUCGUUGUCCGACAACACAAUUAG